GACGUGCGAAAGCAACUUAUGAGUGAAGUAAAGGAUGCUAUGAAGAGUAAGGACACCGUAAAGUCAACGACUAUUCGCUCUGUUCUCGCCGAGGUCUACGCGGCAGACAAAGCGCCAGGAUCUGACGGAGCCGUCUCUUCUUCAUCUAUCUUGGCCAUUCUCCGGAAAGCCGUCCGCCGACGGGCAAGUCCCUUUAUGUCACUUGCUGACUCUGCUGCUGAAUUUGAAAAGGCCAACCGCACUGAUUUAGCGCAAAAAGAGAAGCAAGAAGCAGAACUCCUAGAGGUGUUUCUCCCGGCACUGCUGUCAGAGGCGGAAAUAGACCGCUUUAUCCGAGAAAUCAUUGCAGAACAACCUCAGCUUACGAGCGAACCCAACAAGAAAAGAGCCGCAGGCAUGCUAUUCAAGACGUUCUAUUCCAAGGUGGAUCGAUCGCUUGUCGACACGGAUCUUGUGCGAAGCAGAGCCGAAGCUCUGCUGGCCGAGGCGUCAUAG